UUCUGGGUCCGAGAGAAAAAGGAAAAAAAAAAAAAAAAAAAAGAAGAAAGCCCUACUAUCUCUCUCGAAUUAAUCAAUCAUAAAUGGCGGAGGAGCAAGUGGCGGCGACCAAGGAGGAGAGAUCGACCGGCAGGGUGGUUCGUUUCAGCGACAAGAAAGGAUUUGGAUUCAUCAAACCUGAUGCCGGCGACAAAGAUCUCUUCGUUCACCACUCCGCCAUCAAAUCCGACGGUGGAUACCGUACUCUUUACGAAGACGACGUCGUCGAGUUCACCAUUCUACUGAACGACGACAAGUACCAAGCGGUUGACGUCACUGCCCCCGGUGGCGGACCUAUAAAACGCCGCACUACCUUCUCCGGUGGAUUCAACCGCCGCAACAGCAAUACCAAUGGUGGUGGCUGCUUCAAUUGUGGGAAUCCUGGCCACAUAGCUAGGGAGUGCAACAAUAACAGUAGUAAGAGUUACAAUUACAAUAAUAAUAACAAUCGCACCGGCGGCGGCGGCGGCGAUUUUGGUUGCUACAAGUGUGGGAACAGUGGGCAUUUUGCGAGGGAGUGUACGAAGGGGAAUAAUAAUAAUGGGUGUUACAGUUGUGGAGGGUUUGGACAUGUUGCGAGGGACUGCCCGGGCGGGAGUGGAGCUUGUUAUAACUGCGGUGGGCAUGGACAUUUGGCUAGGGAUUGCACCAGUGCGAGAGGAAGUGGUGGAGGAAGGUUUGGUAGUGGUAAUACCGGCGGGUGUUUUAAUUGUGGGAAGGAUGGGCAUUUUGCUAGGGAUUGUCCUGAAUGAAAGAUGGAUGAUGGUAAUUGUUGCUGUUACUUAUGGGUUUAUCUAUGCUGGUUGCUUCUUGUUUGGGUUCAUGAUAUAGAUAGGAUUGUGUUGCGGUUCCACCCAGUUUUGACACAAUAUAUGUGAUAAAUUCGGAUUAAAAGUUAGGCUUUUUUUUUUUUUUUUUCUAAUUUCUAUCAUUGUUAAAUGACAUUGGAGUAGUUCUCUAAUUGAGCGGUUCUAUUUUUUGUCAAGUGUUAAUUAUGGGAUUUUAAUGUGAUGGUUUGAUGCUUUUUUGGUA